AUGGGCGACAUUGGCCCCCGGAAUGUCAAGCGCCCAGCGAGGGCGAUGGACUUGAGCUCGUCUCCUACACCAGACAGCAGCGAGGACUACUUCACCUACACGACGGCCUUACCUAUUCCUGUGGCCACGUUCAUUUCGCCUGCAUCCUCUCCGCUAUCCGACUCCCGUCUCGGCAAGUUACCCGACCUCUCCCGCAGUUCUUGUCAAGAACGACCGUCCAAGCGCCACUGCCCAGGCCCUGUGUCGGCGACACCUCCUCGCUUUUCAUCAUACUAUGUCUUCUCGACAAAGAACACCGCGGCCCUGGGGGAUCUCUUGUCUUCGCCCAGCAAUGUUCCUAACGAGGUCCAGUCAGCGAACACAUGUCUCCCUCCGAGGAAACAAUUGUCGGGUCCGCCCGCCACGAGGCGGGCACCUUUGCCACUUCAUCGCUUAGCGCGCCCGCCAACACGCGGCCUUUUCAAGAUGAUGGCGACGGAUGACUACUGCAGAUGGUUUCAGCGCUGCCAGGACCUCUACAGCGAAGAGGACUACGGCGAUGACCUGUAUCGCGGCGACAACAACGACGAAUACUUUCACGGCGGUGACCUUUACGAAGACGACGAAUACUUUCACUACGACAAUGCCCAUCGCUACAACUCCUCGGACAAUCCUCUCGUCCUCUACACGAAGCCUGUGGUCCCUACUCUCGGGGUCCCUGACAUCCCUUGGCCCACUCGCCCAUCCGCUCCCUCCAAGUGGGGCAUGUCCAACGGUAUGGAGCUUAACAACGUCACCCGCAGGAACGUCGUGAUGUUCAUAACAUCCUUCGCUGAAAGCACGGGCAAGGACGUGCGCGAGGUCGUCAGCAAUGCACUCUGGCACUUCGAUCCUGACCGCUUCGACGAUAUCGUCCUCCCGCGCGUCUUUCCCGAUGACCGCAAGUGCGUGCAGGAUGGCGUCGUGAAAGUGUGGCGCAUCCUCUCCGACAUUCUCGCGCAUCCCAAGAUAACUGAGCUGAGCCUCCUGGAAGCCAACGUUGGCGACAGACGGUUGUGGAGUGCGACUCUCUUUGCCUCUUCCAACUCCCCACGCUGUCCUCCAUCAUAG